CAGUGAAUGAGUUUAAGCCAGGGUCCACCCGAUCCCGAAGCCAGAACAGUACAAACCCUACCCCAGACUUUGGCUCCAAAACGGAACAUGCUUGAGAAUAUUCCCUUCAUUCCCUCCUCCCCUAUUCCCACUCCCAGCCGCUCCCUUCGUCCAACCAAAUCCACCCCCUAAUACCUCCCCUGGAUAAAACAAAAAUCAAAUAAAUUCUCUUGUCUUGUUCUCCAUCAAUCUCAACUUCAAAAAUCACCAUCAACAAAGAACCAAUCCCCCCUCUCUCUCUGACUCUCUCUCUCUCUAGGUAGAUGUACUUUAAUUUUCGAGGAUCAUCAUAGUCAACCGUAUCUUGUUCUUGUUCGACUUGGAAAUUUUGCGAACCAUGUCUUGUGAUUCGUUUCAAUUGGAUGGUCAAGAAGUGAUCCGGAAGCUUGGUGUCUUCAAGAUCCAAGGCAGGGAUAAACGAGGCCGGAGUAUCCUCCGCGUCGUCGGCAAGUUCUUCCCUGGUCGGAUACUGAACGUUGAUGCACUGAAGAAGUACUUGGAAUCGGAGAUAUUUCCCAAACUGGAGAAAAAGCCGUUUGCUGUGCUGUACGUGCACACUGAUGUGGAAAGGAGCGAGAACUUUCCAGGAAUCUCAGCCCUGCGAUCGGUAUAUGAUGCGAUUCCGGUGAACAUCAGGGAGAAUCUGGAGGCCGUUUACUUUCUCCACCCGGGCCUACAAGCCAGGCUCUUCCUUGCCACCUUCGGCCGCCUUAUGUUCAGCGGAGGGCUGUAUGGAAAGCUUAGGUAUGUGAGCAGGUUGGACUACUUGUGGGACCACGUGAGGAGGACCGAGAUUGACGUCCCUGAUUUCGUGUACGAUCAUGAUGAGGAUCUUGAGUACCGUCCGAUGAUGGACUACGGAUUGGAGAGUGAUCACCCAAGGGUGUACGGUGUGCCCGCGGUCGAUUCUCCUGCACCCAUGUACUCCAUGAGGUGCAUCUCAUAGGAAGAUUUUUCGUUGCAGGAUACAGGUGUGCUUUUUGGUACUAGGGUUUCAAGGUUUUAGGGGUUCUAGUAGUGUACAUAAUGUGAGUGAAUGCGACCACUGUGUUCUGUUUUGGUAUGACUUUACUUGAAGUGCUAAGCUUAUCAUUUGCGUA